CACACAAUUUUUCAGGAUCAAGAAGCGAAGAGGCUAAGAAGAAGCGAAGAGGCGAGAAGAGCAGAGAUUCACACAUCCUCGAGUGAAAGCAAAGACUAAUAAACAGUUUGAGAGAAUCAAAGUUGCGUUUGUAUGGGCUGCUCUCCGUCGAAGAGGAAGAAGGCAACACGACCGCCGGGAUAUGAGGAUCCUAACCUUCUCGCCUCCGCUACGCCAUUCACGGUAGCAGAAGUGGAGGCUUUGUAUGAACUGUUCAUGAAGCUAAGCAGUUCAAUUAUCGACGACGGUCUUAUUCAUAAGGAAGAAUUUCAGCUGGCUUUAUUCAGAAAUAGGAAUCGGAAGAACCUUUUCGCUGAUCGGAUAUUUGAUGUAUUUGAUGUGAAGCGAAAUGGAGUGAUCGAGUUUGGGGAAUUUGUCCGGUCUUUAGGUGUCUUCCAUCCAGAUGCAUCUGUCCAUGAAAAAAUCAAAUUUGCUUUCAAGUUGUACGAUUUACGGCAAACUGGAUUCAUCGAGCGGGAAGAACUGAAAGAGAUGGUAAUCGCUCUUCUUCACGAAUCCGAACUUAUACUUUCCGAAGAUAUGAUUGAAGUAAUGGUGGAUAAGGCUUUUAUCGAAGCAGAUCGCAAGAACGAUGGGAGAAUUGAUAUAGAUGAAUGGAAAGAUUUCGUGUCCAAGAAUCCGUCGCUCAUCAAAAACAUGACUUUGCCGUAUCUAAAGGACAUAAAGGGGGCGUUUCCAAGUUUUGUUUCAUCUUGUGAAGACGAUGAAUUGGAGUUGCAAAAACUAAAUUUUUAAGUAACCCAAUACAGAUUGCAGAUAAAGAAGAUAAAAAAAAAGCCCCAACUUCUUUCUCUGCUUUUCUUUUUUUGAAUCUUUUUGUACAAAAUCUCCUUAAAAGUGGACGAUAGAGAUAUAAGUUAGGAUUUAGAAAUGAGUGAAUUUAUUCUAUAUCAAUGGUUAAUCAAAAAAUUAAAUAUAU